UUGUUUAGACUGAUCCAAAAUGGCGGCCACAGCCUCAAUGAUGCAGAGCUUUGGACCAAACCUUUCUGCUCAAAACGACCUGGUUCCGGACUGGACCCGGACAGAAGUCAGCACCGGGACCACCAUUAUGGCGGUGGAGUACGAUGGAGGAGUGGUGAUCGGCGCAGACUCCAGGACCACCACAGGAGCGUACAUCGCCAACAGAGUGACGGACAAACUGACCCCCAUCCACGAUCGGAUCUUCUGCUGCAGGUCCGGUUCUGCAGCAGACACCCAGGCCAUCGCUGACGUCGUGGCCUAUCAGCUCGGUUUCCACAGUAUCGAGCUGGAUGAGCCCCCCCUGGUGGAGACGGCCGCUCACCUGUUUAAGGCGAGCUGCUACAGAUACAGAGAAGAACUGACCGCAGGGAUUCUGGUGGCCGGAUGGGACCGACGCAGAGGAGGACAGGUGUACUGUGUGCCGAUCGGGGGGAUGUUGGUGAGGCAGCCUGUGUCGGUCGGGGGCAGUGGGAGCACGUACAUCUACGGCUUCAUGGAUUCAAACUACAAACCGUCCAUGAGCAAAGAGCAGUGUCUGGAGCUGACCGCCACAGCUCUGACUCUGGCCAUGGAGCGUGAUGGCUCUAGUGGGGGUGUGGUGCGUUUGGCCUCCAUCUCAGAGGACGGAGUGGAGCGACGAGUCAUCCUGGGAAAUCAACUGCCCAAGAUCUCCACACACUGAGGCCCCUCCCCUCCACAGGCCCCUCCCCUCCACAGGCCCCUCCCCUCCACAGGCCCCUCCCCUCCACAGGCCCCUCCCCUCCACAGGCCCCUCCCCUCCACAGGCCCCUCCUCUCUACAGGCCCCUCCUCUCUACAGGCCCCUCCCCUCUACAGGCCCCUCCCCUCUACAGGCCCCUCCCCUCUACAGGCCCUUUAUCCUGUUUAAUAAAAUGCUUGUCUUUGUG